AGUUCCUCCCCCCAGCCUCUAGUGUGUAGCUUAGAGCUGGAGGUCUGACAGCUGCUGGGAGGACUGGAUGGUUUAGCGAAACACCCGAAAGAAUCAGAGCUGCAGCACAGUAACACUAAGAAACAGCGACACUGAAGGGACCUGCUGCUUUCACAGUUCUGUUCAGUUCUUCAGUCUCCCUGAAGUAAAAAUUAGAUCAUGGUUGCCAACAACUACAACAUGAACGCUGUUCCUGCAGGGUCACGACCUCUUGCCCGGCACCGGAGUCCCUUCAACAGCAUCAAGUUCUUUGUGUUUUGCCACAGUUUGCUGCAACUGGCGCAGCUGUUGGUAUCGGGCUACAUGAAGAGCUCCAUCUCCACCAUCGAGCGACGCUACGGCCUCUCCAGCCAGAAGUCGGGGCUGCUGGCUGCUUUCAACGAGGUGGGGAACACGGUCCUCAUCGUCUUUGUGAGUUUCCUCGGGAGUCGAGUCCACCGGCCGCGGUUCAUCGGAGGCGGAGCUCUGCUGGCCUGUCUGGCCUCACUUCUGAUGGCGAUGCCGCACUUCCUGAGCGGACAGUACGAGUACACUGACCGCAUCAGCUCCUCCAUUGAUAACAGCACUGGACUCUGCCAAUCAGAGAGAACGCUUAACACCUCAUUAUCCAAUCAGAGCUGCAGCCUGCAGGAGAGCCCCGCCCAGCAGGUGGUGUACCCUCUGCUGCUGCUGGGUCAGCUGCUGCUGGGUAUCGGAGCCGUCCCUAUCCAGCCCUUCGGCAUCUCUUACAUCGAUGACUACGCCAGCAAGAAGAACUCACCGCUCUACCUUGGCAUCCUCCUCGCCGUGACCUCCAUCGGCCCGGCGUUUGGCUUCAUCACCGGCUCCUUAAUGCUGCGCUUUUAUGUCGACUUUGACAAGUUAUCCAAAGACCAAAUCGAGUUGAACCAUGAGGACCUGCGCUGGGUGGGAGCCUGGUGGCUCGGCUUCCUGGUGGCGUCCUGCCUCCUCUUCCUCGCUGCGUUGCCUUACCUCUUCUUCCCCAGAAACAUGCCCAAAGAGGACGACGCAGCCGAUGUCGAGUCCAGACCGGACAUUAAGCAGCAGCAGACAAACCAGCCGCAGGAAGACUCUCUCCUUCAGUUCCUCAAAAGUUUUCCUCGUACCGCUCUGCGAACACUGCGGAGCCCCGUCUUCCUGCUGGUGGUUCUGGCGCAGAUCAACCUGGCGGCGCUGCUGUCAGGCCUCGCCACCUUUAUGGCCAAGUUCAUUGAGAGACAGUUCAGCCAGACUGUCCCCUUUUCCACCAUGAUGAUAGGAGGAGUUUGUAUCCCGCUGGCAGUGCUGGGCACCGUCCUGGGUGGAGCUCUGAUGCGGAGGUUCAACAUUUCCGUCAGAGGUGCCAGCAAGUUGUGCACCGCUGUCAUCCUGAUCUGCGUGUUCUCCGCCACACCGCUGCUGCUCAUUGGCUGCUCCACCCAGAAGGUCGCAGAGGUCUAUCCUCACAGGACUAGUGCGUUGUCGUGCAGAGCAGGCUGUCACUGCCCUGAGGAGGCGUUUAACCCGGUCUGUGGUUCGGACGGCGUGGAGUUCCGGUCUCCCUGCCACGCCGGCUGUAAUGGAAUAGAGACAGAUUCCAACAACAAAACCACAAACUACACUCAGUGUCGGUGUGUCGGCGGUCUCGGCUCCGCCUCCCCCGGGACCUGCGGCAGCGGAUGCUCCCACCUCCUCCUCCCCUUCGUGGCUCUGCUCGGCCUCACCAGCUUCGUCGCCUCCUUCUCACAGACGCCCUCCUACAUGAUGAUACUCAGGACGGUGGCCGUAGAGGACAAGUCUUUUGCGGUGGGAGUUCAGUACAUGCUGUUCAGAGUGCUCGCGUUCAUGCCCGGCCCGGUGUUGUACGGCAGCGUCAUCGACAAGACCUGCAUCCUGUGGGGUAACAAGUGCAGCAAGCAGACUUCCUGUCUCUACUACAACCUGGACAACUUCAGACAGAGGUUUCUGGGUCUGCAGGUGGUUUUUGUGUGCGGGGGGCUGCUCUGUUUCCUGCUGACCAUUGUGGUCCUGCGCAAGAGGGGCGGACUGGAGGAACCGCAGCCAGAGAGCAAAGGAGGGUACGAGCUGGUGAAGGAGCAGAAAGCACCCGAGAUCGUUUCAACCAAAGAAAAAGUGCAGACCUGAAGAAACCCAACAAAGGGAAGAAGGGAAAGAAAGAUGCAGAGGCUGAGGAAGGAGAAAAAAGGAAGAGUUCUGAAAGUUUGCUUACAUGGACAGAAAGGAACGUGGAAGCUGCCACGCUACAUAAGCCGCGAGUUACUCAGCGUGGUUCUGCUGCCCUCUGUGGAAAGAACCAGUCAGCCUGUAUAAUGAGGCUGACACACUUUUUGAUAUUGUACUUUUUUAUAUCCAUGCUCUGCUAACAUUUCCAGUGGUGGAAGUAGUAAUGUAGCAAUAACACAGUGUAGUAAAAAAAAAAAACGACAUAUGCUAUUAUGGGAUUAUUAUUUUUCAUGCUUUCAUGUGAAAACAUUUUAAUUACUUUAUAUACUACUGGGUAGCUUCAUCUAUAAUAAUCACCAUAAUGCUAAUCUUAAUAAUGACACAUCACAAUUUUUUGAUGAUAAUUUGUAUCAAUAAUCUGAAUCUGCAAGUAACCAGUAACUAAAUCAGUCAGACAAUGUGAAAAGUACAAUAUGUCCCUCUGAAAUGUGGUGGUGUAGAAGUAUAAAGUGGUAUACAAUGGAUAUACUCAGUAGUGCAAAUACCUCAACAUUGCACUUAAGUAGUAUUGAAGGAAAUGUACUCAGUUACUUUCCCCCACUGAACAUUUCCAAAGGGAUAACUGGUGUUUUUGUACAUAAGACGAUCUAUUUACUGUGACAUUUAUGGUGAAAAUGCUGUUUUAUAUGAUGCAGUGAGCCAAACCAACCACCUCCACUUUUAAAAUGUUGAAUUUGGUGCUUACACUUGAUACGCUGCAGUUCCUUUGAGAAAAACCUAAGAAGAUACUGGCUGAACUGAAGUGAAUGAAACUCCUAUGAAAUGCUAGCAGCCUACAUUUAGCUUCUUUAUGCUUCAAAUUGAGGGUUUCUGGCUCCAGCAAUGAGCAAAGAUGGCCUCUGGGCAACACGUUCUCACUCCCAACUCACAUACUGACGCUUGGUCAGAGCCCUUUGGCGUCGCUUUUUAACGCCCUGGCUACCCCUUUAGCGUAAUUUUUAGACGUUUAAGGCUCCGCGGUCGAGUUAGCAACGCUUAGCAACCACAAAUAUGCAACGUCCGGUUAGACUUUCAAAAUAAAACGUUUCGAAACAUCGCCGUUUUGUAACAGCACGUUAUUAAAGUGAAACGUUGCAGUUUGGUUAGGUGUAGGCACAGAAAAUACUUGGUGAAGGUUAGGAAAAGAUCAUGGCUUGGGUUAAAAUAACUAUGUAGGUCAGUUAACACUAAGUUAACUAACGUCACUUACUUAUGUAGCUUUCGGUUUCACACGGGACACGAACCCCGGCCUUCUGGUUCAAAGUCGGGGUUCUGGCCCUCGAUCCACCCCACCUCGUUACUCAGUCUUUUGUGUUAAAUAUCAUAUACCUGCCUUUACCGUCAAAAUCUGACCCUACAGGGCUUCCCCACGGGGUUGAGCUAUGAUGCGAUAGGGAUCCCCAGUGCGUUACAAACCGACACCGAUGGGUCUUGACCAUGCGUCCAUGUGACGAGCCGGGGAGUGAGUGGAUGAAUUUAUCUGAGAAUCAUAAUUACUCUGAAACUACCCUUUCAGCCAGGACAUCCAAUACAAAUCUAAAGGUCUCUGGGUGCCUUGGUCUGGUCUGAGCCAGGUCAGGGAGACUCGACCGACCUACGACCUGCAAAUUGAGAAUUAUGGAGGUAGUAGAGUUAGCACUGCUGCUAGCAAGCAAACCUACUAGCAUGUUUCUUACCUACUGACCAAUGUGCGAGUCCUUCGGUGAUCUUUUAGACAACACUUACUGCGUGCUUGCAGAUGUUGAUUUAUUUGUUUGUUACAUCGGUGGUAGUCUUUUUCUGGGAGAAAGGUGCACACAUUAUUAAAAAUACUGUGAACUGUGAAGGGUUCUCAAAAUCUGAGGAAGUAGCAGUUUUGUGUGCAUGAAUGUUCAUUAUGAAUAUGUCGUGUUUUUGACGCAGGCAUUUGUUUCUCAAUCCUCGUCCCAAUCAUCAUAAUUGGUCAAAACUAAAAGAAGGUGAAAGAAUAAAGCAGCAGGUUGUUUUUCUUUAUGUUGUAGAGGACACUUGUGUGCUUUUUCAUUGUUCUUUAGAACAAGGAGACAAGCUAACAAGGCUACCAAAAACUAGCCUACAGACACCAUCGGUUGUGUCAUGUGACCCCCCUAGUGGUCCGAGUCUCCCAACCAGUUGUCAUCCCGGGCAUCUCAUAUGGACGUUUGGCUUUUUAACGCCCUGGGUACAGUUUAGCGUUGUAUUUGCACGUGUGGUUUAAAUUAGCAAGAAUAAAUAAGCAACAUCUGGGUAGAUUUUCAAAAUAAAACUUGUGGUUAACUGUGCAAAAGGUUGAAAUUUGGUUAUGUUUGGGAAAGGUUACGGUUCGGGUUAAAAUAACAAUGUUAAGUAACAUAACCUAUGUCACUUAAAAGGAUCAAUGUUGACUUUUUGUUUCACACGGGGAAAACUAACUUCAGUCUCCUUUGUUUAUUAUAUUUUAUGACAUGUGAUGGGAUUGACUGUUUUUCAGUAUUGUAUGAAAUUUGGUUUUCUAAAGCACCACUGGAGCAACUCAGCUGCGAAGUUCUGAAAGACACAUCCUGUGCACAAAAAAGAGAACAACCAAAAAACUGUAUUUUGUGGCGCUUCAGGACUCUGAAGUGUUGCCAAUUGAAAAUGUAUUUUUAUUAUGAAGCAUAGACCCUCUGUGUUCUACUUUUUUCUACUAAGUUUGCUAACUUGAGCCCAACUCCAAUUAUGGUUUUCUGUUUUCUUUAUUCACUGGACUUCUUAGUCUACUGUCAGAAAAUGUCUGUAGUUCUGGUUCUUUUGCUCCACCUUCUGAGAAAUGAUUAUACAUCUAAAACUGAGCCAAGAAACUUAAAGCCAGAUGAGUGAAUUUCAAUAAAUCUCUGAAUACACCGAU